CCUGGUCUUGGGGCCACCCCUCCGAACCCGUUGCAUUUCUCGGAGCCGGCAGGUUCCUGCGCUGCCGCUGCAACCCUCGCUCCGCUACUUCUCCCCGGCGGAGCGGGUUCUGGUGUGCCUCAGCUCCGGUCAGUGCCAUGAUCCGGCAGGAGCUCUCCACAUCCUACCAGGAGCUGAAUGAGGAGUUGGAGCAGGUGGUUGAGAACUCAGAGCGCACAGACGAGCAGGACAAGGAGAGAGCCAAGGUCCAGGGUGCGGGCAUCUUACCAGCCCUUGACGGGGGGUCGGCCUCCAGCAGCAUCCGUGUCAGCAAGGCCUGCCUGAAGAACGUCUUCUCGGUCCUGCUCAUCUUCAUCUACCUGCUGCUCAUGGCCGUGGCCGUCUUCCUGGUUUACCAGACCAUCACAGACUUCCGUGAGAAGCUCAAGCACCCGGUCAUGUCUGUGUCUUACAAGGAGGUGGACCUCUAUGAUGCCCCAGGUAUUGCCCUGUACCCCGGUCAGGCCCAGUUGCUCAGCUGCAAGCACCAUUACGAGGUCAUCCCCCCUCUGAGGAGCCCGGGCCAGCCGGGGGACGUGAAGUGCACCACCCAGAGGAUCAACUACACGGACCCUUUCUCCAACCAGACCCUGAAAUCCGCCCUGAUCGUGCGGGGGCCCCGGGAAGUGAAGAAGCGGGAGCUGGUCUUCCUCCAGUUCCGCCUGAACGAGAGCAGCGAGGACUUCAGCGCCAUCGACUACCUGCUCUUCUCGUCUUUCCAGGAGUUUCUGCACAGUCCAGACAGGGCGGGCUUCAUGCAGGCCUGUGAGAGCGCCUACUCCAGCUGGAAGUUCUCUGGGGGCUUCCGAACCUGGGUCAAGAUGUCCCUGGUGGAGACCAAGGAGGAAGAUGGGCGGGAAGCAGUGGAGUUCCGGCAGGAGACGAGUGUGGUUAACUACAUCGACCAAAGGCCGGCCGAGGAAAGAAGUGCCCAGCUGUUUUUCGUGGUCUUUGAAUGGAAAGAUCCUUUCAUCCAGAAAGUCCAAGAUAUAAUCACAGCCAACCCUUGGAACACAAUCGCUCUUCUCUGUGGAGCCUUCUUGGCGUUAUUUAAAGCAGCCGAGUUUGCCAAACUGAGUGUGAAAUGGAUGAUCAAAAUUAAGAAGAGAUACCUUAAAAAAAGAGGCCAGGCAACGAACCAUAUAAGCUGAAGCCGCCUCGGUCACGGAACUGCCCGCGUUCAGGGAAGUCGCCGUUGCUUCCACUUUGGUGGCCGGCGCUCCCCGCCUCCCGCUCCCCCGUGGACGGGGCCUGCCGGGAGGGACAGCCUGAUGAACAGACCCGACGGAUAACCUACAAGUUAUUUAAGUACUUAAAUUAUUAAUGAACAUUUUUGACUCUGGCAUACGAAUAGGGUUUGGGGAAGAUGGAAUUAGAUACACAUCCGGUCCCAUGAAGGUGGUCAAAGCCAACUUCGACUUGGGUUUGGUGUACAGUUUACCUGUGACAGGGUAUUAAGGCUCUGCUGUUUACCUUGUUUUCUUCCCCUGAGGUUUUGAAAGUGGAUGGGGAGGGUGUGGCUCUCCAGGUGUGUAGGUCGUGCUUUGAAACCUGUGCACUUUCCACAGAGAGAGGCAAACACCUUUGUGUCGCUUUCUUAUUUGUUAGAUGUUACAUGAGACUUUUAAAGCUACUACACACUAGUAAUUAGAUUUCCUGUGGACUGAUUAGCUACCUAUCACAAGUUUAGAGUGAUUCACACACAAAAGCACUAGUACAAAUGUACAGAGUAGGUGCCUAUUCAGUGUAUUUUGAUGAUUUUAUUAACAGGUAAAUAAAAGUUAGGUUAAUACAAAAGGAAUCAGUGUGCCAGGAUGAGUAUCUGCUGAAUCAGAAGGCACCCAUACACUUGCAUUCUGUGACCUUCAGAGCAAGGGUGGCGCGAACCUGGUCUCCUGCCAGGAGAGUCUGGACCCCCGAGGUUUGUCACAACUGUAUCCGAGGGAAGGGGAGGGUGGGCAGGAAGUGGGAUGGAUCAAGCCCAUGAAUAAGCUAUGUUAACUCAACAAAAACCACACAUCUCAAACGGCAGCCAUAGGCUGGAUUAAGGUCAUGAAAUGUUUCUAGUGUUUUAUUUACGUGCUGUUUGCAUCUAAAGAGGACUUAGUAGCAUUUCCUGAAUUUCAUAACCUGCCUUUAGGUUAAUUGAAAGAGGAAAACUCAAAUGUGUGAGUGGGCAUUUUUUAGAAUCUCAUGUCUAAUUUAGCAGCAAGAAACUAUGCUUUUUUAUCUGUGUAAAGAAAUAGUCCCUGCUACUUUUCUGUACCAUAAGAAUAGGCAAAUUCAAACUUCAGCCUAGGUCUUGUGGCCGUAGAAUCUUGGUGUAAGGCAAAUGUAAAGCCACAAGGCAUAAAGAUAUACAUUAACAGUACUGGAAAACAGGUGUGUAUUUUUAAAGUAUCUCUAAAGAUGACACACCACUUCAAUUAUUACUUAACAUUCAUUAAAUGUCUAAUAAAAUUUGCUCCAAUGAAUAGCCUAAAACUGCGUUUUUCUAUACUGUAGAGAGUUGAGGCUUCUUAAUUGUGCUUUUUAAUAAGUAAUUAGGAAGUGAGCAUUUUUAGCUCAUCAAAGAAAAGGACCUAACAACUAACUACCAGCUGCAGCUUGGCCAAGUCCACUCUGGCUGGCCUUCAAAGACAUAUCUGCCUAAAUGUCCGCAAAGUAGACAUCCAGCCCUGUCACUUUCUGGAGAGGCAGAAGCUUUGUCUCCUGCAGCAGGCUCCCCCUCUACCUGCGCACCACCAGCUGUCAGCACCGGCCGGCCCUGGUUAGCGUGGAGGAUCUGGCGAGAGCCCCCUGACCCGGAUGGCCUGAGGUAAGGCGCCUGUGGAAGAACAGUGUAAAAUACGAGCCACGCAGUGAAAAGGAAGAGGUGCCCCUGGAGCCGCAGUGAGCGACAGGAGGUGCUUUUACAGUGACCUAGGACGAGUGUGCCUGAGUCUUUCACUCGUAUCACAGGGUGGACUCAGACAUCAGUCAUUAGAAACUUCACGAUAAUGCCUGACUGCUGACUUGGCUCCAUCACAAAAACUGCUGUUACUUAUUACAGGUUUGAGACUUAUCCUCCUGGGUCUAUUUUAAUUAAAUCUAACGUUUAAGGUAAGUUAACUCCAUCCUCUGAACAUAAAGGGAUGUGAAGGAUAUCUUAGAACUUAGAAUUUUAUGCAAAUAUUCUGUGAAACAGAUGUACUUUGAUAAAUGGCCAGAACACUCAAUUUGUCACAACCUUCCUAUUUUUUAGUUAGAAUAUUCCCACAAUUUGCCUUCAAGUUUUCUAUUUACAUACAUAUAUAUGUAUGUAAGUGUACAUAUAAAGGGGGCAGCUUCUUCUGGAUGCUAAACUGAGAACUGAAAAAAAACAGCGACAAUGUAAGGCAAAAUACAAACAUAGACUUUAUUAAAUGCUGCUCAAUCCCCCAAUGAAGAUCUUUCAUUACAAAACAGUUUCCACACGACUGCAAGAGAUUGGAAUGGUACUCUGGUAACAAAACUUGUGAGAAAUACUUGACCAAGUAAAAACAUACAAGACUUCUCUAGAGUCAACUUUCUCAGAACUCGACAGAGGAAGCCUACUGCAUUUCCUUUAAAUAAAGCCAGGCAGUGGCAAUGCGCGCUCUGGGUCACCACACCGUGGGACUCAGAGCCCCCUUUCCGGGGUCAGGAGGGACUGGAGGAAAGGCAGGCGGUGAGGACUGGAAGGGCCCUGCCUUCAGCCUUCGGGAGGAGGAGGAGGAGGAAUGAAUGGAGAGGCAAGCCGAGUGUUCACCUGCGCUGCCUCCGUUAACCUGUGCACAUCACUGGGGAGUUGCGGAUGAAGGGGAGUGAGUAUUCAUGAGGAACCACCUGAAGAAUUUGGUUUACUUUCCCAGCUUUUAUUUAUAUUUUGUGCUUUAAAAAGCCUGGAGAUCAAGUUUUUGCUCAAACUCCAGAGUACAGCAAUAUCUCUAAUGAAGGCAGGUUUAGGGCAGGUAAUUCCCCCCAUCACAUUCCUGAGAGGGAUUCAGGGAAGGGGAAGGGUUAUACCUUAGUUUUAUUUCAGGAAAUACUCUUUUUCCUAGGAUGUAACUAAGGUCUGCAGCAAUGUGAAAAGCACAUUAUAAAAGGGAAAAAUAUACAGAGCAGACUACUUUAUCUAUGUGCAACACAAU